AUGGGCACCGUGCCCAGGGAGGCGGCGGAGGGCGGCGGCGGCGCCUGCGGCGGCGCGGGGGCGGGCGCACGCGGCACUGCCGGCUGCGAUCUGCUCGUUCUCGCGGUCCCGAAGCGGCCGCCUCGCGUCGAGCUGCCCGCGCCGACGCCUCUGAGCUGUGCGGGGCCGCGGCUGCCGGACCCGCUGCCGCUCUUCUGCCCGACCGCCCUGGGCCCCGGCGCAGGCGGCGCGGCGGCGGCGGCGGAAGGGGCGGCGGGCGACGCGGUGCUUGCGAGUGCUCUGUCGGCGGCGCUGGCGGGCGGCGGCGGAGGGCCGGCGUGCGUGGAUCCCGGCAAGCCCGCGGUGCCACAGGGGAAGAAGCGCAAGCCGCCACGGGACCCGCUCGCCCCGAAGAGGCCCAUGAACGCGUAUCAGGUGUUCAUGGUGCGCCACAGGGCGGAGGUCAUGGCGCAGAACCCGGGCCUGCCCUUCAAGGAUAUGAUGAAGCUGCUCGGCCAGAUGUGGGGGCGAGCAGGCCAGGAAGAGAAGGGCGCGUGCGACGCAGCCGCUUCGGCGGACCGGGAGCGGUACAAUCGCCAGCUGGCGGAGUUUGAUGGCAGCCGCGCGGCAGCCGCGGCCUCGGUGGCGCCGACGGGGCCGGCUGCCGGGCACUCUGUCUGGGAGGCCAACAGCUUUUGUAACGAGGUAGGCGGGCAAGGAUGGGUGUGA